CGUCACAGCCGUUACGAUUCAUUUUCAUUUUCAAGAUAUCUCGCCGGCACAAUCGCGUUUUUAAUGUUGUUUUUUUUAUAAUCCCCAUGAUUGUUUGUUCGUAGUUUAAUAGUGUUUUUAUUAUGUCUUUUUCCAAAGCCAAAAUCCAAAGAUUCAACGACAUUACAGCCUGCACCCCAUCCCCUGCAAAGUACAAUGUUUCAACACAAGAGAAAAUCAAACUGGGGCUAAUUGCGAAACCGGGGACGUACGUGAAGAAGCCCGGCAGCCCCCCGAGUUCCGAGCCGGGAUCCGUGCACAGCACACCAUGUUUUCAGACGCCCAGCCUGCCUCAGAAGCGGAAAAAACUGCUGGGAAUGUCGUUUAAAAGUUCAAAGUCUGAAAAGUUAUCUGAUCACGAAGAACUAAGGGAGAGAAUCGUCGAAUGCAACAAUAAAGAUUUAUAUAUAAAAGAUUUGACGGAGCAAAUCGAAGAAAUGACCGCUAAACUUAACCAUUUAAAGACGGAAUAUUCGCGCUUAGAAAACGAAAAAAACGAGUACGAGGGAACGAUUACAACACUGCAGGAACAACACAAAGAGGACAGUUUACGUCGUGCCAAAGAAUACAAAGAGAUUAGUAAUAAUGUUGUUGAAAUGAACAUCGCGUUGAAGCAAAUUCGGCGACAACACGAAGACCUGAAGAGCGAAAACGUCGUCGAUUUGAGUAAGUUGUUAGCAAAUGUAGGGAAAUUUCAGGAGUUGUAUGAGAAAACCGUGGAAGCGAGUCGGGAGGAGUUGGACGGGAAAGUUCGCGAGUUUCGCCAAAAAGAGGAGGAAAGUCAGAAGCGAGUUGAAGAAGCCGAAACUCGGGUGAAGCAACAUGAAGAACAACAAGAACAAUUUUUGAAGAGAGUGAUGGAGUUGGAGGCGCAACUUGAAGAAAUUGAACAUUUGAAGAUUCAGCACGGUCACGAGAAAGAAGAAAUUUUGAAGAAGCUCGACGCCAGCGAAGCUAAGGUUCUACUUCUUGAAGACAACUUGAAAGAUGUGAACGUACUGACGGAGUUGCAAAUGAACGAGAAGGUCCAAGAAGUGGAAGCGCGGUGGAGGCAGAAAUUAGAGAACAAAGAAAAAGAGUCAGAAGCUAUUUUAAAGGAGUGUCAAGAAAUCAGCGAAUACAACAUCAUCCAGUGCGAAAUCGAGAAAAACCAAGCGAUGACGAAGCUAGAAGAAACGGAAAAAUGUCUCCAAGACGCCGUCGCCAAAAUCGAGAAACUGGAACAAGAAAUCGGUACCUUGAAGACCGAAAAACACGCGUACGAGUUGUCGAUUACGACGUUCAAAGUCACGAUCGAAGUUCUCAAAAAACGCUUGAUUAGUUCAGAUCGGGACGUCGAACAACUGAAAGAAGAACUCGAGAAAAGCGAAGAAAAGAACUUGAAUUACGAACGCAGAUGUACCGAAUUGAGUUCUCAGUUGAUGGAAACUGAAACCGCUAACGAAGAACUCGAAAUGCAAUACGAAUCCACGUCGAAGCUCAUCCACAAAGAAGUCAAAAUCGUCGAAAAUGAGCUUCUGCGGAAGGUGGAACUACUGAAAGAACAGGUGCAGAAGCUGUCGAAAGACAAAGAAUUGCUGAGUGAAGUUUUACAACAACACUAUGAGCAGCAAGUUCUCAUCAAUGAAGCACAAGCAACCAUCGCUCAGUCCGCGUCGUUCAUAGAAUCCCAGGAGAAGAAACAAGUGGAGUUGGAAACCGAGCGUAAACUAUAUCAAGUGAAAGCCGACGAAGAAGCAGAAGAAGCGGCCGAAAUCCGGAAGAAGUACAUCGAGAAGAGCGGGAAGUACGACGAGUUGGCGCAGCAGUUCGAGCAAAUCCUUCAAGAGUUGGAUCAAGCAAGAGCAAAAAUUGCGGAAUUGGAGAAGUUGAUUGGUCCGUAUCAGGAGCAGCUGGAGGCUUAUCAGCACGAGUUGAAACUGCUCACUGACGAGAAGUCCACUAUCGAGAAUGAAGCCAAAGAGCUCGGGUUGAAGUAUGCCCAGAUAUUGGGGCACCAGAACCACCAACAGAAGAUCAAACACGUGAAGGAUCUGAAAGUGAAGUCGUCGGAGUUGUUUCAGAAGAAUUUGGAUUUGGAGUCGAAAAAUUACAAGUUGAAUAAAAUGGUGGAGAAGCUGAUGAAGGAAGUGGAUGAUUUGAGGAAGCCUGGAAAAAAGAUGAGUCUGAGAGGAGAGGAUAAGGAAAAUAUGGGAAGUCCGAAGUUAGUGAAGGGAAUCCAAAGCCCCGGGCCGCUUAAAGAUAAGAAUUAGUUUAAUUAAUUUAUUUAUUUACAUUAUUAUGUUUUUAUUUAUUUGAUUUUUAUUGUGUUCGAUGAAGAAAAGGCUGAUUAGUGUUAAAUGGUAGGUUUUUAUAAUUUACUUUAUUAGCUUAUUUUAUCCGAUUCAUAGAAUCAAACCAAACAUGUAAUAAAAAAUUUAGUACAAAAUACACUCCACUAU